AAACAGCACUCCACCUCCGGUUGAUGAAGUUGUGAGCCGUCUUGCUACCAGUCUGCUUGUCGCAACUUUUAGUCUGGAACGCAUCAGAGGAGACGCCGAGCUGAAGCCGCUGGCGCCGUCAUCAAUAACGGAUCGAUGAAAUUCGACUGCGGAUGGGAAGGAUGUACAGUAAUACGACAGACCCGUAAGUAGUCUUCCAUCAUCCAAGCUCUCAGAGGUGACGGGAUCAUCCGCUUCCCCACACAUACACCACCUGAGCUUGCUACACAGUUGACACAGAGAAUGGCCUAUCACGCAGACAGAGAGCACUACUGGAAAUGCCACUACUCCUUCUUACUCUCGUGUGGCUACGCACUGCGUCCACGGCUUGCGCCCGACUAUGUCAAGCCUACGCAGAUCCCGGAGCGGGACGACUCCGAUGAGAGGCACCCGAGACCAGAGAUUAUGGACGCAGAACGAAUUAGGGACGGGAAACAGGUUAUCCUCAAGUCCGUCCUGAGAUCUGUGCAUUACACAGAAGUCGAAAUCGGAACUCUGUUUUCGAGCAGUCCACUGGCUGGGGAUCCUCGUAACCACUGCAUUCCUAUUCUCGAAGUUCUGCACGACCCAGAAGACAGCAACAUUGAUAUCAUUGUCAUGCCGCGAAUGGUCCCCGCCUUCAGAUAUGUAGAGUUCGAGACAGUAGGAGAGGUUGUGGACUGCCUGAGGCAGAUACUCGAAGGCGUAAAGUUCAUGCACGAGAACUUCGUGGCUCAUCGCGACUGCGUGCACCUGAACUUUGUCGUUGACCCUGCAAAGCUGUUUCCCAAGGGAAACCAUCCGGUACGACCGCUCUGGGACCUUAAGUAUGAGCAUCUAGCCACAUAUGUUUCCCGAGCAAGCUGCUGGCCGCGGUAUUACAUUAUCGACUUUGGAUGGUCUGAACGAUACAAUCCGAAGAGCGGCCUCUUAUUCGAACCCGUCGUCUUUGGCGGAGACAGAUCUCCGCCCGAGCACAACACGACUCUCCCGCCGACACCAUGCAAUCCGUUCCCAACAGACGUAUAUACCAUCGGAAACUUGAUGCAGCGACGUUUCCUCCUGUCGGAUUUGGGCGGGGGAUCGCAUCCUCCUCUCCGGUUCCUGCAGCCACUUGUCGACGAGAUGAUGCGCGACGAGCCAUCCGCUCGACCCACCAUUGGCGAAGCUCUCGCUCAAUUCGACUUUCUCUGUGCUCGACUGACCAGCUCCCAGCUUCGCGCACCAGGCGCUCCGUUCAGGUAUCCGCUUUCUACUUGCAUGCAUCCGAUCAGAAAGUUCGUGAACACCAUCGCCUUCGUUCGUCCACUUCCUCGUGAUCUGCAUGCUUUGUAUGCAAAGAUUCGGAGAUCGGGAUUGGGUCCUCCGACGGUUCCUUGGCCGGCGAAGACCAAACUGAGAGACUUUUACACACAGUCCCGCUGGUCUUGAGUAGUUUUGUGGCCCAAGUCAUUCACUGGUACACACAGAGUACUUUUGUUCCAGUUUUCGUCUCGUAAGAAUAUUAUCUAUCCGGAGCAGGUUGAGG